AUGGAAAUGGCCUGGCCAUUUGUUGUUGGGAGGUGACUGUGUUCAGGAAUAGACAUCAAUGUGAACCAUGUGCACUAACACACAAUCUCCUUUGUUUUGUUGUUGUUCUUGUUGUUUCAGUGGCUCCAGUAGCAGUAAGAUUGCAAUUGACAACAAGAUUGAGCAAGCCAUGGUAGGAUAGUGUGUUUAUGGUUAUAGUGUCUUUAUUGUGUUGCAUUGAAGGACUUGGUGAACACCCAUCUGUUGCUGGAAGAAUUGUGACAUACAUUUGAUGAUAUGCUAUAAUUACAUGUUGUAUAUUGCUGUAGGACUUGGUGAAGAGCCACCUGAUGUUGGCUGUGAGAGAGGAGGUGGAGCUACUGAGGAAGCAGAUCAACCAGCUGUCAGAGAGGAACGCCCAGCUGGAGAGAGAGAACUACAUAUUGAGAGCACUGAGAGACAGACACAGACAAUAA